AUGUCUGGAAGAUUUGAGAAGCUUCGUGUUUGGGUAGACGGUGAUGUACAACAAGGAUCUUCAACUGCUCAGCAACAACAACAACAGCAGUACUGUGAUAUGGAACAAAUAGCAUUACCACAUAAAGCGCGGUUAUACCAGCUGUUUGAGUAUGUUGAAAAGGAAAUUGAUUCUUUAUACGAGGAGAAUUGUGAAUUGCAAGCAAAGUUGAACCAAUUAAGUGAACGGCUGGGUGAAACGGUAACGAUAUCACCUGAAAUAUGUUGUUCAUCGAAUGACCCGUUAUCAGCACGAAAAGAAACUGGCAGAAAAGGUAACCAAAUGCGCCAGAAGUUGAAGACUGCUUUACGAGUACCACCGGGACGUCUGGUGCAGAGCCUGAAAGUUGUUAGUGAUAGUUCACGUCGAUGCAGAUAUGUUCGUUCGUUUUUAGGACAUCGGGAUGGUAUAUGGCAUGUAACGGCAAGUCGUGGAACACAGCCAAUCUUGGCAAGCGCCUCUGCUGAUCAGACAUGCUUGCUGUGGUCCUUGGAUGUAGGUUCAUGUUUGGCACAGUAUACGGGUCAUGUUGGUUCGGUUAAUGGUGUUGCUUUCGGGCCGUCGACAACAGAUUCUAAUGAAUUCAUGCUUGCUACAGCUAGUGGCGAUCGUACUGCACAUAUUUGGAAAGCCAUUAUUCCAGGCAAUACCCAGCUUCCUGCUUUAAGCAGUGAAGAUGAUGAACUAGCUGAAAAAGAACAAACGAGUGGAGGGAAUGAUAUUCAAGGUGGUGGAGAGGUUCAUGCAUCAUGUAUUGUACGGCAACCACUCGUACGCUUGACAGGUCAUGCUAAUGCCGUAAUGGCUGUUGAGUGGUUCAGCAGUGGUGAGCAGCUUAUCACAGCUAGCUGGGAUAGAACCGCUAACAUUUAUGAUGCUGAACGAGGAGAGAUUGUAAAUAUUUUGUCGGGCCAUGAUGACGAGUUGAAUCACUGUAAUGCUCAUCCAUCGCAAAAACUUAUUGUUACUGCAAGCCGUGAUUCUACUUUUCGCCUUUGGGAUUUCCGGGAAUCAAUUCAAUCUGUUGCGGUUUUUCAAGGACACAUUGACUCAGUCACGUCGGUUGUUUUUUCUUGCGGUGAAAAACUUGUUUCGGGUAGUGAUGACCGAUCAAUCAAGGUCUGGGAUUUGCGCAAUAUGCGUAGUGCAAUUGUAACCGUUCGUUUGGAUAGCGCCGUUAAUCGACUUUCAGUUUCAUCACGAAAUGUUGUUGCUAUUCCACAGGAUAAUCGCAAUAUUCGAUUAUAUGAUUUGAACACCGUUCGAUUAACAAGACUUCCUCGUGCUAGUGGACAAAGCCAUCGCCGUAUAGUUUGUUGCACUGCUUGGGCGGAUGAUAAUUCGAAUUAUGAUCUGUUUACUUGUGGAUUUGAUAAGCAAGUUAUUGCUUGGAAGACUACUUUCGAGAAAGAUUAA